GACCUGGUUGGUCCAGGGAAUGGUUCAGUGUCAGCUGUGCACUUGUACAACGCUCCUAACUUUGGCUCGGUACUUCACCGCCUACUGCUGAUAGACAGUGGCAGUUGUUUUCUAAUUUUGUUCUAAUGCAUUUUAUCAGCACUGUCUAUAGGUAGUGUGGCCAUCGGUUUGCUCGCUUUUCUACAGACAAGUGUAUUUUUGCCUGCUAAAUGGACAAUAUUCAGAAACUGGUGUCGGGAUUUAAAUUGGACCUGGGGCCACUGAAGGAACCCAUAGGAUUUAUUCGCCUUUUAGAAUGGGUAUUUACCAUUUUUGCCUUUGCUACAACUGGAGGCUACAGUGGGACGACCAGCUUGACAGUUGAAUGUCCAGAGUCGGAACCCCAGGAUGUGAUAGCUGUUUUUGGCUACCCCUUCAGGUUGUCAGCUUAUUCUUACACCAUCCCAUCAUGUACCCAAACUCCAGCGCCUCAGAUGUUCCUACAGGGUGAUUUCUCCUCCUCAGCAGAGUUCUUUGUCUGUGUCGGAGUGUUUGCCUUUCUAUAUUGUACUGCCACACUUGUCCUGUACAUGGGCUUUCAAACUGUGUAUCGCGAGACAAACCGUGGUCCCACCGUGGAUUUGUUAGUGACAGCAAGCUUUGCCUUUUUGUGGUUGGUGUCAUCCUCAGCUUGGGGCAAAGGUCUGACUGACAUUAAAUGGGCCACUAGCCCUGAGCACCUGCUUGAGACAUGCCCGCUGUGCAAGGCCAAAGAUGGGCCAUCUAUGGGUCGACUCAAUGCCUCUGUGAUCUUUGGCUUCUUAAACUUGAUCCUGUGGGCAGGCAAUUGCUGGUUUAUUUACAAAGAGACGCCAUUCCAUAAAGAUCCAGUCCGACCAAACCCGUCUGUAGAAGUGGGGGAGGGCCCAACCUCCUACUCCCAAUAGUGAGAAACUUCAUGCUCUCUACGGUUCAUUUGCUUUGCUCAAUGCAGCCUAUGAACUAGUUGUAAAACUUAACCACUGAUUUUUUUUUUACUACUUUUCAUUUAUUGUGACUGAAUGAAAUACAAAAUGGGUUUCUGUUAUCAGUGUGAAAAUAUUGUGAGCCCUAGUAAAAUUAUAGAAUGAGACCAGGAAGUCUGUUAUUUUCAACUCUUCUGCUGACUGCUGUUGAAUUAUCUUUCCAUUUGUCUCUUAUAUUCUUAUAAUACCUUAGUCAUGGAUAAAUGGUCAUUGUACAAUUUGGUCCUGCAAAAGCAAAUUUUAUAGAGUGUCUCUUUUUAUGUUGUAUGAGGUUGGAAACUACUGUAAUUUCAACUGCUGUGUGUAUAAUAUGACACUGGGUCAAAACACUGAUUAGUCUCUAGCAAAUUGUAUCUUAAAUACUAGGAAUAAGCAUAUGUAUUUUCUCUAGAUAUAAUGAUGCCUAUUUCUAAAAUAUGGUGAACUAUCACAUACAUAGAACAUGAUUUUACAUUGUAUUUUUAAGAAAUGCCACACUUGGAACAUAAUUUAUGUAUGACACUGAGUCAGAUUUUUAUUUUUUAAUAAUCAUAAGUUACUUCGGCUGGGACAGGGUAGGUGAAAAUGUCCAGAGCUCGAUGCCUUAAAAGCAGAACAAUACAAAAUUCAAACAUGCAUGAAUCAGUCAAAACCUGACUAAUUAGGGAAAGCCAUUAUAACCUGGUUAUAAGCUCCUUUUUUAGCUCAUUUGUGUUUUUUCAACAAAAGUGUUUCAUUGGUGUUCAGCAGUCUAUUUUAUUUAAGUUGGUCUUCUCAGGUUUGUUUGUUUCAUUGAAAAAUAGCAUGUCACGUUUAUUUCUUUCAAUAAAAUGUAAUAAUUAUUAUCUU